AUGACCAAAAUCGGUGUCUUUCCUGCAGCAGGAGGACUGGGGACCAGCAUCAUCAAUCACCUCGUCAAGCUGGUGCCUGCAUCGGAACUGAUCCUGAUCGCCCGCAAGCCAGAUAAUCUCGCAGAACUCACGCGGGCCGGAGCUACCGUCCGACGGGCCGACUAUGAAGACCCCGCCACGCUAGAGCGCGCCUUCGAUGGUAUCGACGCCCUGAUGUUGAUCUCGUAUGCCUCGUUUGAGAUCCAGUUCCGCUUCGAGGCGCAUAAGAACGCCAUCGAUGCUGCCCGCCGUAGCGGCGUCAAGCACAUCUUCUAUUCGUCUCUCGCCUUUGCAGGCGAUCUAGAGGAGACUAGCGUUGCGCACGUGAUGGGCGCCCAUCUGCGGACCGAAAAGUAUUUGGCCGGACUUUCCGGGCACAUCACCUACACCGCUAUCCGGGAGGGUCUGUACUCGGAGUCCUAUCCGAUCUACACCAGCUGGUUCGAUAUCCACCACCCCGCAGACGAGAUCGCGAUCCCUCACUCCGGCGACGGACCGGGCGUUGCGUGGGUGAAACGUGACGAGCUGGGCGAGGCCACGGCGAAGCUGAUUGCAGACUAUGCCAAGAAUCCGGCGGGGUUCCCCUACCUGAACCGCGUGCUCUUGCUCUCCGGCCCCAGGGAGAUCUCGCUAAAGGAGACUGUUGAAAUUCUCGGCCAGGCCGUUGGCAAGCGCCUCCGCUUGCGGGAGAUCUCUGUUGACGAGUAUGUGGCUUUGCCGCAGCACGGAUCAAAACACACCUAUCACGGUAUCGAUUUGACAAGGGAAUGGGCAACCGCGUGGGAUGCGAUCCGUCGUGGGGAGACGGCCGUGGUGUCGCCGCUCUUGAGGGACAUCUUGGGACGAGAACCUGAGAGUUUUGAGACGACGGUAAAAGCGUUGGCUAGGAGCAAGUAG